CCAAAAAGAAACUUUACUUUGAUAUAUCAUAAUUUGUUGUCUCUACAUAUCAUCUCUGACUAUGAGAAAGCCAGACCAACCUGAAAGGGAAAAAGGGUGCAAUAAUAUUAAUGUGGUUAGCAAGGGAAUAAUGCCCAUGAAGACUCGAAAGGGUUUGUGGUCACCUGAAGAAGAUGAAAAAUUGAUGAAUUAUAUGCUGAGGAAUGGUCACGGUUGUUGGACCGAUAUCGCUAGGAACGCUGGCCUUCAAAGGUGCGGAAAGAGUUGCCGCCUUCGUUGGAUCAAUUACUUGAGACCCGAUCUUAAGCGUGGCGCAUUUUCUCCCCAAGAACAAGACCUUAUUAUUCAUUUGCACUCAGUUCUUGGCAAUAGGUGGUCACAAAUAGCGGCUCGUCUUCCAGGAAGGACAGAUAACGAAAUCAAGAACUUCUGGAACUCGACGAUAAAGAAAAGGUUGAAGACCAACAAAACCGACGCGUCUACAAUCUCACAAAAUGAUAGUAUGGGCGACCUGUCUGCCGACGCUAGCAGAGAUAUAACUGGAGAACCUGGUAUGUUCAUGUCAAUUCAUGAUCAUGAGAUUAUGAACAACUGCAUGGACUCGAGUUUGACAUCGUCGACAACUACAUCUUCUUCGGUACAUAACAACCUUAUGUUCAUGAAUGGUCAUGACCAAUUUGGUCAUUUGCCACCAUUAGUUGUUGAUCAAACCAAUUGUGACUCAAAUGGUGGAUCAAGUUUCUUAGAACAAGGUGGAUAUGGGGGUGUUGUUGACGUACCCUACAUGUUUGGCAUGGAAAAUGACAUUAUUAACCCUGCAUUGGGAAAUAGGGUCAUUGGAGAGAAUGUUAAUGCCACUUUUGACCACCAUGAGGUGGAUAACAAAAUAACACAUCAUGUUAACCACCAUUUGAAUGGGGUUAGUGAUGGUAAUAUCAAAGUGGAGGAAGUGGUAGGUUUUGGAAAUCAUUGGGAAGGAGAAAGCUUCAGAAUUGGAGAAUGGGACAUGGAGGGUUUUUUUGCUAAUGUUUCUUCAAUACCUUAUAUUGAUUUCUAGAAUAAAUGUAUAUACUCAAUCAAGGUGUAAAAGUAAGUAAAAAGGGGCUUAAUAAAGAUGAGGAGAUGGAUAGGAAGACAAAGGGAAGAUAGAGAUUUGUUGAGAUUUAUGUAAAAUUUAAUAAAGUUAAAAGCUAGGUAGAAAAUUCUUAAUAGAGUUUUUCGUUAUACGUACAUGUUAUACAAUGAGUGAGA